AUGACUGCUACGCCGCCUCAACCUGGGAGGGCGCCCGGGCGCGUCCUGCUUCUGCUCGACGGCGACCACACCCUCCCUGAGCGCGACAGCCUGAUCCGUGGUGCACAGGGAGGCAGUCUUGCGGCGCACAGCUUGCAUCACCGCCUGAAACUUUGGGCGUCGAGCGCGAUGGGGAGGGCGUGCCAGACCUCGGUUCACGUCUUCGGCGACGUCGCGCAGCUGGCCAAGUCCCUUCGCAUCCCCGCCGAGAUCCUGCACAACUUCGUUCGCGGCUUCAGCUCGACGCCUAUUCCGUCCGCCUUCACCAACGUCCUCCAGAGCAGCACCUUGAGCGCCAUGACAGGUCACCUCGGGCUCACUGCUCCUCUCGUCGACGCCGUCGUCCUCGUUGGGUGGUACACCGACAUGCACGCUCACUGGCUCGGCAGGCUGAUCGCGGCGGGAGCGGUCGAUCCAUCGCGCCUCGCUCUCGUCGAAACGGCUCAUCCACUCGCAAAGUCUGUUGCUCGACUCGUCACGAGGCGCGUCAAGCUUGGCGACUUCACCGACGUCCUACCUGUCGUCAAAGACAUCACUGACCCGCCCAGCGAUGUCGAGGAAGGCGAGGGACUCGAGGCAGAAACGAUGGCUGCUGGACCUCCGCCAGGAUUGGCCAUUCCCGUUAGCGGGCGACUUGCCAGGCCGUCUUUCGAGACCGCCUUGCCCGAAGAAGGGCUUACUCCUCGUGCCGCAACUCCCGCCGCAAGGCCAGCUACUGGCUCUCCACAAUCACCGCCUCAACCUGUACAGGAAGCUCCUCGGACCCCUUCUCCAACCGCUGCAAGCGUUCCUCCGCGUCCGGCUACCGCACCAGCUGCUCCUCAGCGCGAAGAGGUGCAGCAGCCGCUCUUCCUUCCACUUACUCCCGAAGCCACACCUGAACCAGCGACUACUCCGCCGCCCGCUGCGAAACCUCCCAAAGUCGCCCUUCCUCGCGCUCCGCCUGUUCCGGCGCAGUACGAGCCCCUCCUCCGCAUCCUGAUCGCGCUCCAAGCGCCGUCGCCAGCCGGCGUCGUCCCGCCUGCGCCACUCUGCUCCGCGGUCAGGAACGAGCUGCAAAAGUCGGAGCUCAAGGGCAGGUACGGCAAGCUCACGGCGUACAUGCUCGCGGCUCAGAAAGACGGGUGGGUCGUGACGGGCAAGGGGGAGACCGAAGGAAGCGAGUGGGUCAAGAUCAGCCAGCGAGGAUUGAGGGCGAUGGGGAAGAAGCCGGCGAGGUGA